AUGAAGUCAUCGUACAACAUUGCUGGCGAAGAAAUAACCCCAAAUACUUCGAUGCUCGGCAGCAGGCUUUGGCAGAGAGUACCGAUAGUCUCUCUCCCUGUGGACGAAAUGCGUGAUGUGAUCCUGCAGAAGUUCCCCUUGCUCGAGUCCCGUGUACCAGUCAUUAUGGAAGUCUACGGACGGGUAUGCUCUGCAUUUCACGGAAGUCUUGCGAUUAAGGGCUCUCAAGGUCGCACUCCUGGAUUUCGUGAUCUCAUAAAAUUGUGCAGCCGGUUGCACCGACGGCUGCAACGUAUUGGUGUGAAAACUGGCUACGAAGCUACACCCGAGGGUGUCGAAGAUGAAGUCUUCUUGGAUACCGUGGAUGUGUUUCUCAAAUACCUCCCAGAAAAAUCAAUGCAGAGCUCGCUCGCCUCUGUGGUCGCCGAAGCACUCCAAAUAUCCCCCCAGCGAGCGCAGUUUUGUCUUCAUGAACGGACACCUGCUUAUACCGACAAACACAGUACCCUUGUUCUCGGACGAGAGACAUGCCAGAAGAUCAAGGUACCCAGUGGAUCCGCGCCGAAGCUGGCAGCCGCUGCUUCUCGUUUUGCUUCCACGAGAUCAGCAUUGUCAAUUAUGGAACAGGUUGCCGCCUCAGUACAGAUGGCAGAGCCUGUGUUACUCGUCGGAGAAACUGGUAUCGGAAAGACAACGGUCAUUCAGCAGCUAGCUACAUUGAUGCGCCAGAAGCUCACAGUUGUCAACCUGUCACAGCAAAGCGAGAGCACUGAUCUGUUGGGUGGCUUCAAGCCUGUCAACAUCCGUACAAUGGCUGUUCCCAUGCUUGAUGAGUUCAACCAGUUAUUUGAACUGACGUUCUCGGCAAAGAAGAAUCAGAAAUUUUUGUCUUCAGUGUCCAAAUGUGUUGCAUCUGCGAAUUGGACCCGCUUGGUGAACCUGUGGCAUGAAGCCAUUCGCCUCGCGAAUGGCGUAUUUAACUCAAGCCGCGACAACUCAAAAGAAGCCGAGAACGGGGACGAGCAACCGACCAAGAAGAGGAAGCUGGAUUCUCCCAAGUACCAGUAUCUCCGGCAGAGAUGGGAGAGCUUUGCCACACAACUUGGAGACUUCGAGGCUCAAGUCUCUCAAGGCGAUGCCAAAUUUGCGUUUGCUUUCGUCCAAGGCAAAAUUGUGAGAGCCUUGAGGAAUGGCGAAUGGGUUCUCUUGGACGAGGUAAACUUGGCCUCACCCGACACUCUCGAGAACAUUGCCAGUCUGUUGCACCACGGUAGCGAGGGAUCGCCGUCCGUUCUACUCUCUGAGGCUGGUGAUAUUGGAAGGGUUUUUGGCCAUCCGGAUUUCCGCAUUUUCGGUGCUAUGAACCCUGCAACAGAUGCCGGCAAAAGAGAUCUGCCCCCGGGUUUGCGUUCUCGCUUCACCGAAUUUUUUGUGCAUUCACCCGACGCCGAUUUGGAUGAUCUGUUGGCUUUGAUUCAGAAGUAUCUUGGCGAUCUGACAAUGGGUGAUCCACGGACUGUGCCGGACCUUGCACAGCUCUACAUGGUGACCAAGAAGCUCAGCAACGAAAACAAGCUCACCGAUGGAGCUGGACAGCGACCGCACUUCAGUAUCCGGACCUUGGUUCGCGCUCUCAUCUAUGUCAUCGAUCACGCACACGUCUAUGGACUGCGUCGGGCAAUCUUUGAAGGGUUCAGCAUGAGCUUCCUGACCGUGCUGAGCCUUGAGUCUGAGCAAGCUCUCAUUCCACUUCUAGAGGUCCACAUUUUCAGCAAUGUGAAGAACCCCAAAGCUCUUCUUGGUCAGAUUCCUCAGCCGCCGGCGGAUGGCAACGAUUAUGUGCAGUUCAAGCAUUAUUGGAUGCGAAGUGGACCUUUAAUCCCAGAGGAACAGCCCCAUUACAUUAUCACCCCAUUCAUCGAAAAGAACCUCAAGAAUCUCGUCAGAGCCAGCUCAACUCGUCGGUUUCCUGUUUUGUUGCAGGGCCCGACAUCUGCUGGAAAGACUAGUAUGAUUGAAUAUCUGGCAAAGGUCUCCGGAAACAAAUUCGUCCGCAUCAACAAUCACGAACACACAGACCUGCAGGAGUAUUUGGGAACCUACAUCUCCUCUGAUGAUGGGAGUCUGCAUUACCAAGAGGGUGUUUUGGUCGAGGCAUUGCGGAAUGGGUAUUGGAUCGUUCUCGACGAGCUUAACUUGGCUCCCUCCGAUGUUCUUGAAGCACUGAAUCGACUGCUGGACGACAACCGCGAACUCUUCAUCCCUGAGACCCAAGAAGUCGUCCACCCACACCCUAGUUUCAUGCUGUUCGCUACCCAAAACCCUGCUGGUCUCUAUGGUGGCCGAAAAGUGCUCUCGCGUGCCUUCAGAAACCGAUUCCUCGAGCUACACUUCGAUGACAUCCCCGAAAGCGAGCUGGAAUUUAUUUUGAAAGAACGCUCUCAAAUCGCCCCGUCUUUCUGCACGCGGAUUGUUUCGGUUUAUCGCAAGUUGUCAUUGCUGCGUCAAUCCAAUCGUCUGUUUGAGCAGAAGAAUAGCUUUGCCACCCUCCGUGAUCUUUUUCGAUGGGCUCUUCGCGACGCCGAUGACCGUGAGCAACUGGCAGUGAAUGGUUUCAUGCUGCUUGCCGAGCGUGUGCGCAACCCCCAGGAGAAGGCCGCGGUGAAGGCUGUGAUCGAGGAGGUCAUGAAGGUUCGAUUAGAUGAGGACACUUUGUACAGUGCUGCACAACUGGAAAGAAGUGUCCCUCAAAUGACCGGACUGCCAAGUGGUAUUGUUUGGACCAAGGCUAUGAGACGUCUGUUUAUCCUGGUUUCCAAAGCAAUCAGGAACAAUGAGCCCGUUCUCCUCGUUGGAGAGACUGGAUGUGGGAAGACUCAGCUUUGCCAGGCUGUCGCAGAAGCCUUUAGGAGAGAGCUCUACAUUGUGAAUGCCCAUGUCAACCUGGAGACAGGCGAUCUCAUCGGCGCCCAAAGACCUAUUCGAAAUCGGGCAGCGAUUGAAAGGCAACUUGUGGAUGACCUUCGACUGCUUGUUUCAGGCCAGCACAGCGAGGUUCCCUCUCUCGACAACCUGAAGCAAGAAUUUGCAGCUUUGGAUACAAAAUCGCGACAGGCAGCAGACCAUGAUUUGCUGCAUAGGAUCGAAAGAAACAUCGCUCGGUGCAAUGCCCUUUUUGAAUGGUCCGAUGGCAGCCUCAUCACUGCCAUGAAGACCGGCCAGUUUUUCCUUCUGGACGAAAUAUCCCUUGCCGAUGAUUCUGUGCUUGAGAGGCUCAACAGUGCUUUGGAGCCCCACCGGUCAAUUCUCCUCGCCGAGAAAGGCCCCAUUGACUCCAUGGUCGUGGCCGAUGGGGGCUUCCAAUUCCUGUCCACCAUGAACCCAGGAGGUGACUACGGAAAGCGGGAGCUCUCGGCAGCGCUUCGGAAUCGCAUGACCGAAAUCUGGGCACCUCAGCUGUCUGAAGACGAGGAUAUUCUGCCUAUCCUCCAAAUGCGGUUGAAUGUCAAGGACGAGAACAUUGCAAAGGCUAUGUUGCAGUUUGCAAAGUGGUUUAAAGCAAAGUUCCAAAAUACCUCCGCGACCUCUCUCUCCAUCCGUGAUCUCCUUGCUUGGGUUGAUUUUGUCAACACCUGCCAAAGUACAGAUCUCUUGUUUGCCAUCGUGCAAGGUGCUGCAAUGGUGUUCGUCGAUACCUUGGGGGCCAAUCCGGCUGCAAUGCUUGCUAUCUCCCUUCACAACCUGAAGGACAACCAACAAACAUGUCUCGAAAAGCUUGGUGAAUUAUUCCAUACCGACGCUUCAACAAUUUACUGGGAAUCCUCGAACGUUUCUGUUGAACCCGGGUCUCUGCGCGUUGGGCCAUUCUGUCUACCUACAGUUGGCGAGACAGACCCAGAUCCGCAGUUUGCCAUGGAUGCUCCAACCACGAUUGCCAACUCGGUCAGAAUUGCUCGUGGUUUGCAGUCGUCGAAACCCAUCCUAAUGGAAGGAAGCCCGGGUGUCGGCAAGACAACGCUUGUCUCGGCUCUGGCCAGAGCUCUAGGGAAACCUCUUACCCGAAUUAAUCUUUCGGAGCAAACAGAUCUCACAGAUCUUUUUGGAUCUGAUGUUCCAGUGGAAGGGGGAGAUGUCGGACAGUUUACUUGGCGUGAUGCGCCAUUUCUCCGAGCGAUGCAGCGUGGCGACUGGGUUCUUCUGGAUGAAAUGAACCUCGCAUCACAAUCUGUUCUUGAAGGUCUAAAUUCUUGCUUGGACCACCGCCAACAAGUUUAUAUCGCCGAACUUGAUCAGAUAUUCAAAAGGCACCCGAAUUUUGUGCUGUUUGCUGCGCAGAAUCCACAUCACCAAGGUGGCGGAAGAAAAGGACUUCCGGCCUCUUUUGUGAACCGAUUCACCGUGGUCUAUGCGGACGGUUUCACUGAUUCAGAUUUGAAGAAGAUCUGCGCAAAGCUCUUCCCUGGCAGCCCUACUUCCCAAACCGAACGAUUAGUCGAUUUCAUUUCCAUUCUUAAUGCGGCGAUUGUGCGCGAGCGUCGACUGGGAGCUGUUGGUGGGCCCUGGGAGGUCAACCUGCGAGACAUUCAGCGCUGGCUUCAACUGGCAGAUCGAGGGAAUCUGCAAAUCCCAACCAAACAUUUCCUUGAUGUUGUCAUCAGCCAAAGGUUCAGGAGUGAAGAGGAUCGAGCCCUCGUCUCCCAGCUCUACGACCACGUUUUCACGGACUUUGACACUGGUCGAAAGAGCUAUUACCACAACCUCACACCUGAGUAUCUGCAGGUGGGACUGGGCAUUUUAAUCCGUGACCCUUUUCUACAACGCUCGGUUGAACCACAUAUGAAGAUUCUUCCGAAAGAUCUUCACAUCCUCGAGUCGCUCAUUCUUUGCAUCGAAAACUCAUGGCCGAGUAUUUUGGUGGGACCUGCUGGGUGUGGCAAGACCACGCUAAUUCGAAAGCUCGCAGCCGUCAAUGGCGCCAAUCUGGUGGAGCUGGCUCUCAGUGCUGACACCGAUACCAUGGACUUGGUCGGUGGCUUCGAGCAAAUUGACCAUAGGAGGGAGGUCUCAUCCUUUAUCCAUGACAUCGAGAUAUUCCUUCGACAUCAGAUCAUUCAUUCCUGUGCUUCAGGAGAGGUCUCGGCUGCAGUGGCAUCGGCCCUUCAGAUCUGCGAGCAUUUGCAAACUUCAGAUGCAUCAUUGGAAACCGUUAUUAGCUCGAUGUCUGACCUCUGUCAGUCUUACUCUGACUCAUCGCUCCAGGAGUUCCUCGACAGAGCCCAGAACCUACAGGCCGCUAUUCAGCAAUCCGAUAACAUGAAGGUUGGAUUUGAAUGGACCGAGGGCGUUCUCACUCAAGCCGUCCAAUAUGGUCACUGGGUGGUUCUUGACAAUGCUAACCUAUGCAACCCGUCUGUUCUAGACAGACUGAACUCUUUGACGGAACCAAACGGUACCCUCAUCCUCAAUGAACAGCGGACCGAAGACGGCUCUGCUCGAAUCAUCAAGCCUCAUCCCAAUUUCAGGAUCUUUUUGACCAUGGACUCUCGAAAUGGCGAACUGUCUCGUGCUAUGCGAAAUCGUUGUGUCGAAAUAUGCUUCCUGUCCAACGAGCUUCAAGAUAUCCCAGUGACAGUGGGGCCAUCUUACUCUUGCGAAUCCUCCCUCUACCGACUCCGUCAUAUUUGGAACCUGGACGUGUCCCCAUCUUCUGGUGUUUUUGAAGAAUCGUUUGAAGUGUGUCUGGAUCAUCUCUCGCCCACAGAGUUGUCUCGUCUCCAACAGUCCUCUCACUUCCCUUGGUCAAACUCUUCCCAAUCCCACGUGAAGGAGCGGUCCUUGAAUACCGUAGAGCGUUACACCUCUUUGGUCCAUGAAAAUGACCAAUGGAAGCCGCUGGGAAUCAUUAGUGGUGAAAUUGUCCUUGGGGGAGCAUCUUUAGGAGUUCGAGGGCAACUGCAGCCACUUCACCCUCUCAUCAACGAGCCCUUGGUCUCGAUCGCAGGGCCUGGUGACUAUCGAUCUGCUCUCAUCAUCAUCGCCUAUCUCCAACAAUUCAGACUUGAUCUUCACCGCCUGAGGCAAGGUUUGCUUCAAGCCAAAGCAUCUGGAGAGCAACUAAAGCCAAGCCAAAUGACUCGACUGGAGCGAUCUUUGGCAUCGGCGCGGAUCCCCUCUUUAAUGAAUGACACGACCCAGCCUGUUGGUUCUUUUCUGUCCGAUUGCGGUCAAGCUUUGUAUGACUGCAUUCAAGGCUUAGACUCAACCUCUCUUCAAUCCCCUGAAAUUGUAUCCGCCCUCCGGACAGUCAUCUGUCUAUGCUGGGACAUUUACAGAGCCACAGAAGUCAGCCAAAUCGACGAGGGCCAAUUCCAGGUUUACCUCCAGAUUGGAAGACGGACUUGCACGUUAAUUCUGACCUCGUCGCCUUUGCUUAAGCCGCUGGAACUGGCCCUGUCCAAAGCUCUUGACCGUUUCAAGGCUGGCUGGGCCUUGACGACCGGCCUCAGCAUGCAGAGAAUUUGGGAUACCUGGCGACAUGUCACGCCGGUUUCUCAGGAGAAAUUGAAGUCUUUGACGGAGUUGGAAGCCACGGUUUUUGAAUUUACAACUUUGGCUCUGCAGACACGCGUGGACUUGUCUCAACUGAGUCGUGUACGCGACUCCUUGAUCGACGCUCAGCGAUUUGUUCUUCUGGAUGGGGCGGAUGGAGAUGAACUUUUACAGGGCAUUAAGCAAACUGUGGCCGAACUUGCUCAUGCCGUUCGUCGUUCUGACACAGCCCAAUACCCAUACUUCUCAGGGGAGUUUGAAGCACUAUGCCAAUACCACGACAUAUCUUCAUUCUGGAAGACUGAGGUCAACGAUCCAGUCAUCCAGACAGUUAUGCCUCUCCUCGCCGCUCGUCCUGCCCGUCCAUUAGACGCAUCCAAUCUGCAAAGCCAAGUUCCAAAUCUCCUUCAUAGAAUCGCGCUGUUCUUGGGUGCUGGAAGCGAGUCAGGAUCCGCCCUUGCCAUUGGAGGAAGCCUGUCCUUGUCUCUCCUCGACCGGUUGAGAUCCAUUGGAAUCACCAAUUUGGGCCAAAUGGAUAUGUUGGACUCAGAGAAACGAGUCCUUGCCAAGGCCAUUUCGUUGAGCACUGGCCAAAUCGCGAUGGACCAGUCUAAGAACCUCAGGUCGGUUCUCGCAAGACUGACUGCGGAGUUGAUUGUCUGCCACCAAGAAUUCAUCGAGCCACAUUGCUCGGAGCACCUGAUGUCGACCUUGCGCGCAAUUGAAGCGGGAGAGCUAAAUGACAAGCAGUUUUUGGUCGAAGUUCAUUUGGAUCAAAGCUUACCGGAGGGCCAUUUUUUCAAGCCUGUCGCUAAGCAAGCUCUCCCAGACCUCAUUUCGUCAUUGGCAAAGUUCUCAACUCGUCAGGAGGAUAGCAUUCGAAGCACUGGGAUCGCUGCAGUUCAACUGGCAGUUGUUCUUCUUCGGUUGUUUGUGCCAGACAAAACUCUUGAUCCAUCACUUGGUCUUGUCGUUCAGCGCACUCAGCAUUCUCGGCGUCUUGCUGAAAUCACCGCCAAGUCCGAAAUGAUCCUUGCCUUUGAGAAAGCCUUUUCUGGACGACAGUCGAACCUACGCUCCGAGCUAUUGCAAGAUGAAAUACACGAACUGGGCUCUGCCCCGCCUCCUUCGUCGGUGACUCGACCGCAGAAAUCGCAACUUAGCCUUUUGCAAGGGGAAUUCUCGAAUAUUAUCAAUUCCGUUCUCAACAGAGACCCCGUGCAGAUGGUAGCUUCCACUCAGGAUGCGCAGAGGUCUCAAGAAAUGAUUCAGCUUCUGCGCGACAAUAUUCGCCAAUUAAGUCGUCGUCUUAGUGUCCAUUACAGGUCAUAUGAUGACAUCACGGUUCCUGUUGUGCGUUUCCUUCAGCUACUAGAUGUUGGUAUUUUCCUGGGCUCUAGCCAAAUCGACCAGUCUAGUGGUAUUCGGGACAUGCAAUCUGUGAGCGAGCGAACGCCAUUCCUGGGAGCCACCAUCCAUCCCAUUAUCGCUCAGAGUGGUGUGAAACAGUCAUCAAAUGUAAAGAACGCAGUCGAUAUGCGCCUUCAUGAACUGUCAGCUCUCUGGGUCGCCAAGGAUGCUGAUCCGACGUUGCUUGCGGUCAAGUCUGCCCGUGAUUCUAUUCGCCGCAUAUUUGCUGACUUCCACCAUUUGUGGAAAACAAAGCUUAGAGAGGACCAAGAGCAAGAAGCCCAAAAGUCGGAGCUGUACCGCUACAAAGGCUCUUGGGAAGACGAGGAAGAAGUCAGCGAGGCUGAGCUGCACCAGCUCUUCCCAACGUAUGAGGGCGAACCCGCGCAAGAAACAGAAACCACUGGUCGCAUUGACCCUAGGGCCAUAUCUGUCCGGCUUGCCUCUCUUCAUGCGAACAUUGUUGGCAAGGGGUGUACCGGCGUGGCCUUGACCACUUUUGUGAAGGAAUCUGGCCGUCUAUUGGGCUCAAUGUGGGCGGAGAACACGACUUCUUUCUCGCCAGUGCGACCUCAAGACCACCUUUCUGCGGUCUUUCUGCUUCUCGACGGGGUCUCCGACGAAGAAUCUCAGGCCCAUCAGAAGAAUUACAACUUCUAUACUGAUUCAAAUCUUGCCGAGGCAAGAAGGCUUGUCGCCCUCACUUUGUCGGUCCAGUCCCGCUUUGUUCAGAUACAAACCUCUUGGCCGGAGCAUGCCGUGCUCCAGGACGUCAUUACGUGCUGUACGGAAAUACUCCAGUUCAAGCAUACUGAGCCGGUAGCCAAGUUCCUGACCAAGGUCGAGAAGCUUCAUUCGCUUGUGCACGAGUGGGAGCGUGUGGCUAGCAGGGAAUAUUCCGCUGCUGCUCUUUACGACGAGAUCACCGCAAUGACCGUUGGCUGGCGCCGCCUUGAAUUGUCAACCUGGGCGAAGCUGUUGGAUCUUGAGAAAGAGAGAUGUGACGACGAUGUCAGCGCAUGGUGGUUUGUUGCGUACGAGGCACUCCUCGGCGCUCCCAUUCAGAUGGCAGAGUCUGUCCAGACAGGCAUGGGCGAGCAUAUCCAAGAGGUUGUGUCGACUCUUGAGCAAUUUUUCAAUUCCACAACCUUGGGCCAGUUUAGCCAGCGACUGCAACUUGUUGCCAAUUUCCAAGCUCUGCUUGCAGUUUUCUCCGGUGACUUCGAUUGCUUGAAAGAUCUUGUUUCUGCGUUGGAAAACUUCCUUUCCCAUUACAGGCUGUUUGAGCCUGCAGUGGAAAAGCUCCUAAUGGAGAAGAGAUCAGCGCUCGAGAAGGAUAUCAAGGAGCAGAUUCAGCUAGCAAGCUGGAAGGACACAAAUAUUGUUGCGCUCAAGGAGAGCGCCAGAAGGUCGCACGUCAAGUUGUUCAAGCUCGUUCGGAAGUACCGCGAAGUCCUUGGCCAACCAGUUCAACCAGUCCUUGAACAGGGCCUUCCGCAGGAUAAUGGAGACGCCAAGUUUGUCAACCAAGAGCCGGACCGACCUACCACUGUGUUCCCUGAAGCACUCGCCACUUGCCAGCAAGACAAUAAACUGUGGUCGACCAGGGCGCUCAGAUUCCGUAACCCGGAUGGAACAGUCAGCAACAUGAUGAAUCUAUAUUCGUCAAUUCCAUCCGAGUUUGAUAUCGCAAAAGAGCUGGACGGUUUCACCGUGUCUUUUAUCGAGGAUAUGAAUGAGUUCAAGUCCCACACGCCCAAGACCUUGACUGAGGACAACAAAGAGCAUGUGCAGCAUCUCAAGGUCCAAAAACGUCGUCUCUACGCCGAUACGUUGAGACGUCUUUUUGAAAUGGGUGUCAAGCGCAAUGCUGGGACAAGCCUAAUCGAAACCCAGGCCUCAACUGCGCAGGUUCUCGCUACGAGCUCCGCUUUCAAACGUAGCACCACAGCGUCGAACUCAAUUCAAAGCGCCGAAUCGUACUUCCACAGGCUCUUGGAUCUGCUUCCCCGAGCCCGCCUGGCUUCGCGCAAUUAUUCUGAAGAGCUCAGCAAUGUUGAAGUCUCCAGAAGCAUAGGCUCCGUUGAACACCUGUUGUUCAUUGUCCGAAGACAGAGAGGCGCCAUAUCUCCUGCGCUUACUGGCUUGGAAAGCAUGAAGUCAACGCUUGGCAAGAUGCAAAAUCUUUGGACAGCAAGCUCAACCUCGAACUCACUUACGAAGGCUAGCAUGGUCGCCAUUGAAGAACGAGUCAACCUUGCCAGAGUCAUGGCUUGGCUGACGCCUAUUCUUGGGCUAGCAUCAACGAUUGUUGAAGUCCACUCCAAGUUCUCGAGUCUCAAUGCAUCCACAAUCAUAGAUGAGCUGCGAUCCACCAAGGCUACUUUCGACAAGUUGCGAAAGUCGUUCGAAACCCUCCCAGCCCUCCCAGCUGGAGUUGAAUCCAAGUCGCACCAGGAGACCAUGCAGCAGACUCGUUCGUCGCUUGAGCAAUUGAGUGUCGAUCUGAAGAGAUGGUGCCAAGCGCGUCCCGACCUCUCCUUCGCUCUGGAUCCAAUCACCCCAUGGGCGAAGACAAAGGAUGUAGCUCUUCCGGAUGCAGAAGAGAAAGGUGGUAUCACCAUUCAGAGCUUCGACAGCAGUCUCCUCGCCACCAUUGACAAAAUGCUCAUUGGGCUCCAGCAGCUCAAGGAUGUACCUUCUGCCAUCGACUUCCCAGGGCUACUUUCAAGGAGCGAGGAAUUUUUCUCCCGAGCCUUGAAAGCUGUCCAUGUCACCGAAAUAACUGCGUCGCUGAAUGCGGUUCUGAAUCAGCUUCGUCUCCUACAACACCAUACGGGUAGCAGCCUUUCCUUUGCAUCUGCACUGGUUGCUAGUAUCCUGCCAAUUGCCAACAGAUAUUAUCAAAUCUGCCAGGAUCUAGUCGGCCGGUUUAUUUCGGUUCACCGUGAAACUUGCAAGACAUCCUACAUCCUGACAAAGACCUUCACCCAAGUGGCAUCGGAGGGUUUCUGCAGCCCGGCCGAGGCAUCCCAAGAAGAAGGCAAAGAGGGCAAGAUGGAAAGCGGCACGGGUCUUGGCGACGGCGAGGGCGCGGAAGACAUCAGCAAAGAUGUUGGUGAUGACGAAGAUCUUUCGGAGCUAGCGCAGCAAGAGAAGAAAGAGGAUGCCUCCGAGGAGAUGGAUGAUUCCGCUGAUGCUGUCAACAUGGAUCAGGAGGAUCUUCAAGCAGACGCUGAUGAUCGUAAAGAUGGCGAAGAGGAAGAAAAUGACGAGAGCGCUUCGGAAGGAGAAGACGAUAUUGACGAGGAAACUGGCAGUGUCAACGACCUUGACCCGGCUGCUGUGGAUGAAAAGUUGUGGGACGGUGCCAAUGAUGAGCAGCAAAAGGAGACCGAAAAUGAGGAAGGGAAAGGCCAGUCCGAGGCUGAUCAACAGGCCCCCGGACAGGAGCAAAAGAAGGACAAUGAAGAGGGCGAAAAGGGCGAAGAGGAAGAGGGGAGUGAAGAAGACGACAAAGAUGAAGAAGCUCCCGAUGACGAGGGCGAAGCAGUCGGUCGAGAAGAAAUGGAUGUGACCGACCCCCAGACCAAGGAAGAAGAUGCUCUGGAUCUACCAGAGGAAAUGCAGCUGGACGGUGACGAGAAGGACGGUGGUGAGGAUGAGGGAGAUGAUGGGAUGGAUGACCUCUCCGACAUGGGCCCUGCUCCUGAAGAUGACCAGAAGACCGAGGACGAUGACCAGCUUGGAGAGGAAAAUGGAGAGCCGGGGGCUGGGGAGCAAACCCAAGGAGAGGAUGUUGAGGACGAAGAGAUGGCCGAUGAGGCUGAUGCCAACGAAGCUGAAUCGGGCGAAGAGGAGAACGAAGCUGAUGGAGAGGAGCCCGAGGAGCCACCACAAGACGACUUCCUCGCCCAACGUGACGAGAAUGAGGCCGCUGGUGACAAUGUUGCACCCAGCGAGGCUGUUACCGGUGGGCUCGGUGCCGACCAGGACCAGAACGAAGAAAAAGGAGCCUCCGGUGAUGCACAACAGGAGAGCGGCUCAACGGAUCCUGCUGCCAACGCCCAGCAGCAGACGGGCGCUGCCAAGGACAGUGAGGAGAGCAAGCGGAGCCGGGAUGCCGGUGGAGCCGAGGAUACAGCUCCCAAUGAUCCUCAAAUGCAGGCGUUCAAGAAACUGGGUGAUAUCCUUGAGCAAUGGCACCGGCGACAAAAGGAGGUGCUGAACCCGUCGCAAGAGGAAGAGGAUUCUCAGCCUAUGCCCCAAGACACCGAUAUGGCCGAUGCAGAUUUCGAGCAUCUCAAGGACGACGACGAUGUCGCAGAUACCCAGGCCCUGGGACAAGCAAGCGAAGAGCAAGCCCAGGCUCUUGACCAAAACAAGGGCGUGGAAUCGGAUGUCAAACCUGGGGAGAAUGAAAUUCUACCGGACAUCUCAGAUGAGCACAAGGACACCGUGGAAAACCAACUGGAGGACGAAAUGCAACUCGACCGCGAGACUGUCCCAACCGAGGGCCAGUCUGCUGGCGCCUUCAUCCCCGGCGGCCAAACCCCCCACGACCGCACAGACGGUGCAGCUGGCGCCAAAGAGGCGACCGAGGAACUGGACGAAGUCGACACGCAACUCGCGGCAAUCCACCUGUCCUCUUCGCUUCCUCCCUUGACGCCGCAAGAUGAAGCUCGCCGUCUCUGGUCGCACUACGAAUCCGCCACGAAUGACCUUUCGCUCUCUCUCACGGAACAGCUCCGGCUCAUCCUCGCCCCAACUCUCGCUACGAAGCUACGCGGUGAUUUCCGCACUGGCAAGCGGUUGAAUAUCAAGCGCAUCAUUCCGUACAUUGCAUCCCAAUACAAGCGCGACAAGAUCUGGAUGCGGCGGUCUAUUCCGUCCAAGCGCAACUACCAGAUUAUGCUAGCGGUCGACGACAGCAAGUCAAUGCUUGAAAGCGGUAGUGGGCAGCUCGCCUUCGAGACACUGGCCCUUGUGGCUAAGAGUUUGAGCAUGCUUGAGGCAGGCGACCUCUGUGUCCUUGGUUUUGGCAAUGAAGAUCAUGUCCGAGUCGCGCACGAUUUCGGCCAACCAUUCUCCUCCGAAGCCGGCAUGCAGGUAUUCCAGCAUUUCAGCUAUCAACAGACUGGGACCAACGUGCGCAAGCUGAUCGCGGACUCCAUCGCUCUCUUCCGUGAAGCUCGCUGGAAGCGCUCGCCGGGUUCCGGGUCUGCCGAUCUCUGGCAGCUCGAGCUGAUCAUCUCCGACGGUAUCUGUGAGGACCAUGAUACCAUCCGUCGCCUAGUGCGGCAGGCACUCGAGGAACGUAUCAUGAUUGUUUUUAUCAUUGUGGAUGCUGUCAAGGGCAGCUCCAUCCUUGACCUCUCGCAGGCUAGCUUUGAGCCAGAUCCCAACUCCGGGGGGGACAUGAAGCUGAAGAUGAAGCGCUACCUCGAGGGAUUCCCGUUCCCUUAUUACUUGGUGGUUCGUGAUGUGAAGGAGUUGCCUGCGGUGUUGGCCACUGCAUUGAAACAGUGGUUUGCGGAAGUGGUCGAUGUGUCUUCGUGA